AUGGCCAACCGCGGUGUCACCUGGGACCCUCUGGUCCAUACCAUCCAAGAUCUGAAGGAGAUGGGCAGCAAGAAGCUUCCCAAGAUGUAUCGGGAUUACUUCAACGAGGGAGCGAUGGACCUCGUUAGUUUGAAGGACAAUGAGGAGGCAUACAAUCGCUACAAGAUCAUUCCUAGAAUCUUGGUCAAUGUUGAUAACAUCGACAUGAGCUCAGAGAUUCUAGGCGUCAAGACCUCAUUUCCUCUCGGAUUUAGUCCUGCUGCUAUGCACAAUUUGGCUCAUCCCGAUGGCGAAAUUGCAACAUCCCGUGCUGCCGCAAAGAUGGGAAUCGCCAUGGGUCUUUCUUCAUACGCCACAUCGUCCAUGGAAGAUGUUGCGGCAGAAGGCCUGGGAAACCCAUAUGCUAUGCAGCUUUGCGUUCUACGUGAUCGAGAAACCACCCUGCAGAUCCUAAAAAGAGCAGAGGCAUCUGGAUACAAGGCCAUCUUCCUGUCUGUUGACACACCUCUUCUGGGUCGCCGCCUAAACGAGUACAGAAACAAUUUUGUGCUCCCAGAAGAUAUGGCUUGGCCAAACCUCCUCUCCAAUGGCAAGGACGAGCUCAGCGGGCGAUAUGGGCAAGCUGAGGACACUGGCGUAUCACGCUACGACUUCGAUCCUUCCCUGGAUUGGGAUACUGCUAUUCCCUGGCUGCGCAAGCACACCAAGCUCCAGCUAUGGCUGAAAGGAGUAUACACACCUGAGGAUGUUAACACGGCUAUCCACUGGGGCCUAGAUGGUGUCAUCAUCUCCAACCACGGCGGUCGCCAGCUGGAUGGCGUCCCUGCCACCCUCGACUCUCUCCGUAUCUGCGCUCCCGCCGCCGCCGGGAAAAUUCCCAUCGCCGUUGACGGUGGCAUCCGCCGCGGCACCGACAUCUUCAAGGCCAUUGCCCUGGGCGCUUCUCACUGCUUCGUCGGUCGUAUCCCCAUCUGGGGAUUAGCUUACAACGGCCAAGAAGGCGUUGAGCUUGCCAUCAAGAUUCUCAUGUUCGAGUUUAAGCUUGCCAUGGCCCUUGCUGGAUGCCGAACGGUCAAGGACAUCAACUCUAGCCACGUCGCUUUCCUCAACAACAGCGGCAUUCUGUCAAAAUUGUAA